AGCGGCGUGGGCGGUUUGUGAGGCAGGAGGGGCCGGGGCGCUCCCCAUCAGUCCCACCGCCGGCUCCAAACGGGGUUCUGCGGGAGCUGCUGUCCUUAUCUCCCCGUGGAAAGGCUCGGGUUGUGUUCUUUGUGUGCGUUUGGGUAUUUUGUCGGGGUUUUUUGUCUUUUUUUUUUUUUUUUCUUAGUUUAUGUUAAGAACGAGGGCAGCUUGAAGCUCAGCAAUCUCCAGUGUUAUCACUCAACACUCAACACGUGCUUGUGGAGGAGCUGCCGGAACAGCCACAGCCGAUGGGAAAAGCCCAUGGAAACUGCAGGAACGGGAUGGGCCGGGCGCAUUUUCAGGAGAAAUGAAGGGGAGAAAGAAGGGACGUUCCUCACCUUCACCCUUGAUCUUGCUGCUCUUCUGUAUCGCCGGGCACACAACUGCUGAGCUGGGUGGCAGCAAAGAAGAGCAUGUUGUGGGUGCUGGUUUGCCUCCACUGAAGCUGGUGCACUCCUUCUGUGCCAUGAAAGCAGACGAGGGCCCGUGCAAAGCCAUCCACAUCCGCUAUUUCUUCAGCAUCAGGAGCCGCAAGUGCGAGGUGUUUGAGUAUGGUGGAUGCCAUGGCAAUGAGAACAACUUCCUGACGCUGGAGGAGUGCCAGGAGAAGUGUGUGCCAAAAGAAUUUCCUCAGAAGAUGGCAUUAGCAAAAAAUAAGAAAGCACUGUUUCUAGGACAGCCUGACUUCUGCUUCCACGCCCAAGAGCCCGGGGUCUGCCGAGGGUAUUUUACCAGGUACUUCUACAACAAAGAGACAAAAUUGUGUGAGAAAUUCAAGUAUGGUGGGUGUCUAGGAAACCAGAACAACUUCAGGAGUCUGGAGGAGUGCCAGAAUACCUGCCAAGACAACUCUGUUACAGCUGAAGAGCAUCCCAGCCCUGUGAACAGCAGUUCCCCACCAUCAGAGCAUCCCAGCACUGUGAACAGCAGUUCCCCAGCAUCAGAGCAUCCCAGCACUGUGAACAGCAGUUCCCCAGCAGAAGCACCCAGCCAGUCUCCUGGGAUUUUUGGUAAUUCACUGCCAGCUGCUCCAAAUGAGGAGUCCAACACCCUGAACAGCAGUUCCCCAAAGGAGGAGCCCAACCAGUUCCCCAUUUUUUUUGAACCCCCUGCUAUCCCUUCCUUGUGCAUGACCCCCAUGGACAGAGGACUUUGCAGAGCCAAAGAAUUGAGAUUUUUCUACAACUUCUCCACUGGAAGGUGUCGCCCAUUCAGCUACAGCGGCUGUGGUGGGAAUGAGAAUAAUUUCGUCUCCAGGAAGUCGUGUCUGAGGAUCUGCAGGAAAGGUAUGGGAAGUGCUACUGCCCCCGGCAAUGGCUCAGAGGAUUCAAUAAGAAAAUAGGUGAAAGAAGAUUAAUAAGAAUCAAGAAAAAAAGAAAGAAACAGCCAGUAAAGGCCCUGGACCUGGAAAUCAUGCCUGAAGCAAUGCAACUUUGAUUUUUAUGGAAAUGUGAUGUAAACUGCUCUUCACCUGUGAAUGAAAACCUUCAGUGUACACCAUUAAAAUAUAUUUACUGAUUAUUUUGAUUAUAUAUUACUAAGCUGCUUAUAUUUUUUUAUGUAUUCCUCAACUAUGUUAAUAAACAUUACCUCUUUCUUUGCUAAAGGUUUUAAAAUUGCUGUUUGCUUGUAUAUAAUUGUCAGAGCUGCAGCAGGACAAUAAACGGUGGCAUUGAAUGGUUAAACUGAAAAGAAAAUUCAGAUUUAAUUUCUUACCUUACUCUUUUUGAAUUCUAUUUUUGUACUAAAGAAAGCACAAUAUUUGUGAAAGAAUAAUCACUAGUCAAGCAUGAUUGUUUCAAUCAUUGAUUAAAAGAUAAGUGUACUGCUAUAAAAAAGGAAAUAGGUACUGGAUUUUUGUUUUAACCAGAUUUAUUUUAGGUUGUGCAGGCCUAGAUUUAACUCCAUUGAAGUCCAUAUAAUUACAGUACUGUAAAAUGGAUAUGAAAUCAGAAUAAACCCAUGAAAAUCCAUAAAGGGAGUGUUAAAGCUGUAAAGGUGU